AUGAAAUGGGGCGGCCUGGACAUGACUAACACGCAUAUGCUUCUGGAUUCGGCCGCCGCCUCCACUUCCGCAACGUCGUCCUCGGCGGACGAACAGAGCCCGCAAUCGCUGCUCGACGCCGCCUCACCCUACAACCAAACCAAUCUGAAAGCCCUGAUGGCCAUGAGCCGCAUGAUGGCCGACCAGUUGGCCUCGUCCGGCGGCGCGCCGCUGUUGAGCAGCAUGGGCAUCAAGCAGGAGGUGAAGACGCCGCAGACGGAGGAGAACAAGUCCGAGCCGUCCAGUGUGUCGAAUAACAAUAAUUUCGGAUCGCCCGGCUCGGAGAAUGAUGGUAAGGGAGUUGGGUUUGGCUUUUUUGAAGGUUUAGGGAUAACAUACAGUGGGGGACCUGAUCCAGCGGCAAAAAAGGCACUAUUUUGCAUCCGGGAAGUAUCAAAAAUGUGGCAAAAUGCUUCUCUCUCCAAGUAAAAAAACUUUGUUUUGAAGGGCGCGCCCUUUCUUCUCACAAAAAGAGCGGGCGCGCUUUUGAAAUGUGAGUUUUUUCACUUGGAAAGGGAGAUAUUUUGCCAUAUUUUUGAUACUUCCCGGAUGCAAAAUGGCCCGUUUUUUGCCACUGAAUGAGGUCGUCCACUGUAGUGAGACUGUUCAAAGUGCGGCACACGUCAAAAAAAGUGAAAAAACAAGGAAUCUCGGAUCGUUGAUUUUUGACGAAAUGUCGCUGAAUUAUCGAGUCACAGAAGAAAACUUUCAAAGAGAAAAGGUUGUUUUUGAGAAAAAUGUUUUUUCGAAAAGAAAAAUAAUUUUGUUUUUCAUUUCUGUGGCACUUCGCAAAAAAUCAAUGAUCCAAGAUUUCCUUGUCGCCUUUCUGAAAAAUUCUUUUUGACGUGCGACGCUUAUAUUUUGGCCAAAUUCGACUCAAAUUCUAGGACAAAAUUCUUCAGGGUGGGGCAUCUUUUUGGCAAGAUUUGAAUUGCCUAUAACUUCUUUAUUUUUUGACCAAGUGGCAGAAUUCUUUUUUCUCUGAAUCCUCAGACUCUCCCAUUUUGUUUUAUUAUAUAUGAAACACUCUGUAUCAUCCCCCAAGGUUUUUCCGAAUUUUUCCAUUAAAAGUUUCUUAGCUAUUUCUACCGUAGAUGGAAAUUUUUCCACGUAAACUCAAAUCUCUCUGGCGGAGCUAAAAAAGAUAUGGUCAAAAAGUGUUUUUCUUUUACCGCUCUCCGCAUUCCGCAUACUCUAUCGCUUCCAAAGGCCGUUGAAUAUCUCGGCUGUUCCUGCAAAACGCAGGCUAAAACUUUACGGAAUUGAUAUGUGGCCUGAAAUGUAUCAAAAUCAAAAAAAAAAAGACCUGAGCCUCGCACUUGGGACCCUUCGCUGGUCAUCCCUCUCUCUUUCGAACGUCCGGGUUAUUGUCUCUGAAUUUCGUGAGUCCUUCGUUGUAGAAAAAAUUCCCUUACAAUCUAAAAGCCGCCUGAAAUUUCAAGAUUCAUAACUUUUUUAGACCUAUGUAUGUGAUAUUUUUGCGAUUUUUUUUCAGACCGCAGUGCGCCAAGAUUCUGCGUGGUUUGUGGCGAUGUGGCGUUUGGAAAUCAUUAUGGAGCCGUCUGCUGCAACGGGUAUGUCAAUUUUAUCUAAAAAAUAAAAUUUGAGAGACGGAAGAUUUGGGGUAAAAUACGGUUAUUCCAGUUAGGACAAUUUUAUAUGAUAUACGUAUAUUGAUGAAAUACACUACAAUUAGUACAAAACAUUCACAAUUAAAACUACAAAACCCCUGUCAACUCGAUGUACCUGCUGCCACGAUGACUAAUUGCACGUUUCAGAUGCAAAGGCUUUUUCCGUCGGAGUGUGUGGAGCCGCCGCCAAUACAUUUGCCGGUUUGGGCAUGACUGCGAAGUCCGGAAAGGUAUGUCUACGAUUUUUUUCACUGCUUAUAAUUAAAUUUUCAUUAAAAUUGAAAAUUUGCUAUAAAACAAAUCUAGUGGGGGUAAUACAGAACAUUCUAGAAUUAGUUUUUCUUUCGGCAAAAUUAUGUGGAUUUGGCAGAGAAAAAACCUCGCCGCAGUCACGCACCAAAUCCCCAGCCGUGGCUAGCCGUCGCAGAGCGAUGAUGGGCGAUUCAGAGGCGUGACAAAUCCACACUAUUUUCUCGACAUACUGAUAUUCUUGUUGUUGAAGAAUAUUAAGUUUUUGAAGGCCCCGGAAAAACGUUUUUUUUUCGUUGUUCUUCCUAGAGUUGCAAAGAAAUGGGCAAAAAAUGAUUUUCUCUUUGACCCUCCGCGUUUCGCAUGCUUUCUCGGCCGUGGAUGAAAAUCUCCGCCGCGCAGGCAAAGUGUGAGCUAGAAUUUUGAAGAAUUGAGAUGGGGGACAGGAUGGUAAUGAUUCAGCAAUAAAUCAUUGUGUUCCACGCAAGGCUGGCAAAAGUAAGGCCAAAAACAGUUUUUCUCUCUCCGCGUUUCGCGUACUCUCUCAGCCCCAAAAAGCAUGAGUCAAAAUUUUGAAAAAUUGAUAUUACACAUAUGCGUAAUCUUUAUGCAAAAUUAAAAAAACCUGCGAGUCUCACUUUGAACAGGUCCCUUGUAAGCUUACUGUAUACUAGUCAGUACGCAAGGUGCGGGUCGCCGCAGCAAAACGUCCUGCCUCGUCGCUAUCGCGCACCAAAUCUCCAGCUGCGGCCGCCGUCGCAAAGCGAUGAUCGACGAAUCCAAGGCGCGAGAAAUCCACAUUAUUUUCCCGACAGACUGAUAGUAUACCAUCACUUUUAAUCGUUGGUCUCCCACAAUUACCGUUCCCUCUUAUUUCCUCUUUUUUUCGGCGUGUCCCUGCAGCACACCCCCAUACUACAAGGUUCGUCCGAAACCAGAUUAAUUACGACAUGAGAGAAUUACAGGCCCCGCUGUAGAACCGGUCCAGCGGGCUCAACACGGCCCGAAUGUCUGCACCCAACACCGGAUUACAUUCUUCCCCAUUUCUCUCGCCUCUCGUGCACUUUGAUAACUUGGCCUUCACUGGCCACACGGGCUUCCCCCCGUAAUGAAGUCAAUGUUGUUUUUGGGCAGAGAAAAAGAAGAAUGGAAAUUCAUUGCGGGCUGGGGUUGGGGGGUUUGCAGAAAUUGCCUGGUGAUAAGAUGGGCAAUUUGGGAGCUGAGUUUUUGAAGAUUUUGGGCAAGGAAAUUGAUUUGGAAGGCGAUAGAGAGGCGAAUAAGGGAAGUAUUCAGCGUGUGGUAUAUAGAGCUGGAUGAAAAUCGGCUCAGAUUUUCAAUCGUUGAAGUGAAAAGUAACUUGAUUUUGUCGCGAGAAAAUUCACUUUCUUGGCAGCGAUGCGAUUUUCAAUGCGACAGAAUGCGCAUUAUUUUCCCGACAGACUGAUUUGUUUUAUGCGAGAUUCCUACCAUGCCUUUCAUCGACAUUUUUCGAUUGGAAGUCUUCAAAAAAUCUCCGUUUUUUGCGAUUCUUGGUUUGCAAAUUCCAGGCUGAUUUACUAUUGCGGGGGCGUACGAUUUUUUGUAUAAAAAAUUAUAUUUUUCUAUGCGGAAAUCAAAAAAUUAGAAGCCAGAAACAUUUCUCGUCUCUUUGAUUCUCCUCAUUUUGCGUGAUCCCUAAAAAAAUUUUGGCCCGGUUAAAAUCUUGGCUGUUUCUGGAAAGUACGCUCUAAAACUGAGAGGAUACAUACGUGGUUAGGCCAGAACUUUCAUGCAAAAUUUUAAGAAAAUUUGAGUGCCCUACAAAGCGAUUACUUACAUUGUAAGAAGCACUCUUUUUAUGACAUUUCUAAUUUCUUUACGACGUUCGUUAGGAGCAGAUAGAGCUUUUAGAGAUAAAAAAUUGUAAAGAAUGUGCUCAAAAUGACUUUCACAACUUCAUCACCCAACUUUUGUCACAAAUUUUUCUCGCUCCUUCAUUCCAAACAGGUUUAUUUAGGCCUUUAUAUCACCCGUCCCACACUGUAAACUCAAAGGUUUAUUGUCAUCCCCUUUUUCCAGCUGUCUAAAAAUGCCAUUUUUUUAACACCUUUCCUUCCUAAAUGACGCUGCAUUUUACAUAUAUUUCGAACUACAUAGAAAGACCUAUUUUGGGCGUCAAAUAGUUUAAGAACGGCGCCAUAACGACAAUUCGUCUCCAUGUUCAUUCGCAUGUCGAAUGUAUGAACCUUGAACCUUUUUCGCGAGGGUCCGGAAGCCCCCAGGGCCCUUUCAUUUUCGCAUGAAAUGCUCCUGGUGCGCUCGUUAUUAAUAAAUUAGACCUAAUGGGGGAAUGCUUAAUGUGGAGUUUCAUUUUGUAUUCGGUGAGUAAGAGGCAUUUUGGACUAAAUUAUUUGCUAGACAUUUAUUUUUCGAAGUGUCUUUCUUGGCAGAAAAUCAAGUAUUGAGAGCUUUAGCUCACGCUUUCCAAGAACAGCCAAGAUUUUCAAGUGCCCAAAAUACUAGUCUUUCUGGAAAAACGAGUAUUUUGAUCCCAUUUUGUCGAGUCUUAUUGAUCAAGAAUUUUUUUCGUACAGCCUACAACAACACCUUCUAAAACAAAGCUUGUCUGCGAUUGUCAAUCUUAGAUUGUAGUUGCCCUUACAAGGGAUCGGCAAAUAGUUGCACCCUGCUUUCUUAACAAAACCUAUAUCAUUUGAAAGAGUGUUAAAAAUAGUACACAGCGCAAAAAAAAUUAGCUGCCCAAUAUAUGUUUGGGCAAAGUUAUGGCCAAAACACAGAUUCUAGCCUAAUUUCCGCCUCACUUUAUAAGCUCUUCGAAGAGCAACGGAGUUGUGUGCAGUUGGCUGAGUGGUAGUGAGCCUACUUCCGGCGCAACAAGUCUAGGGUUCGAAUCCGGCCGUUGUAAACUUUUCGCAUUUCGUCUUUUAUGUACCAUAGAACCAUGGUAUGUUGACAUUUUUAAACAAUUUUUGUUCCUUCACAGACAAAAUCCAUAUUUACGAAAUUUUUGGGAGUUUUUGGCUUUUUUCGAAACGACCACAAAUUUGAUGGUGAUGAGAGUGGGGUUGCCACUAUCGUAUAAUUACAAGGGUGUCAUGCCAGUAGCCUGAACGAUUAUAAUUACUGGACGAUAAUUCAAUUUACAAGGACAUAUAAAUAAAUUUUUUCGAAAAAAUACCGAGAGAAAAUUGCAAAAUCGGCUAAAAACGCUAUCAUAGCGGACUAAUCGUUGGUAAGGCUAGGACAUACAAAAUUUUUGAUUUUGAGAUUUUUGUUUGUGAAUGACCACGAUGAUCAUAUAAAUGUAUUUACAAGGCUUUUUUCUCCAAUUUUCCCAUUAACCUAGUUUUAUUUACAAUUUUUUGUAACUAGCAGUAAUUUCUAAUAACUCAUAACCGAGGAAUGGUAAAUCCAGAAAACGUUCGUGAUAGACGUUUUGGGAUGCUAAGGAAUCAAUGAAAACGAUUUAGGCCGCUAGGAUUACUGUAAUAUAAGAAACCGGCGUUUUGGCCGCAUAUGACCCCUUUCAUAAAACGGCCGUAACUUUGCCCAAACAUAUAUUGGGCAGCUAAUUUUUUUUGCAUUGUACACUAUUUUUAUUGCUCUUUCAAAUGAUACAUGUUUCGUUAAGAAAGCAGGGUGCAACUAUUUGCCGAUCCCUUGUUAGAAGCAACGUUACGCUUCAUUUGAAGCUCCUUAUAGAUCCCCUUUAUGAGGCUGCUUAUUGGCUCGUUUGCGGUCCAAAACAUUUUUUUUAAAAAAGUACUUACAUACAUUUCAAGUCCAAGGAUCAAAGUCUCAGUGUGUCUGGAAAAUAAUGAAGGACCGAUUGCGUUGUUGAAGUGAAAUAAAGACAAUUCGAUUUUUCCGCAACACAUUUUAUUUUUCUAGCGAUGCGAUUUUCGAUGCGUCAGAGAGCUCAUUAUUUUCCCGACAAACUGGUAAAAUGAUGAUUUUUGGGGUUUAUCGAUCUCGAAAUUUUGUGUGUUUUUGCGAAAUGCCAGCAGAACUUGUUGAUAAGCCUUGCAAUUAGAGGGAAUUUGCGCUAAUCUGCACCAAAACCCGAGCUUUGAACUUGUCUUUGCCUUCAAAGGCCAUGCACUCAAUUCAGCCUCCAUUUCUCUUGGUGCCUAUAACACAUUUAUAGAAAUAUUAGUUUUUUCUUUGCAACCAACAAAAACGUACCCGUUAGUCCUAUAAUUAACUUGCCUCCGUCUUUUUUUCUCUUUGCACCCCCGAGUUCAACAAUCGAAAUGCCAACAAAUUGGUAUUUUCAGACACACGGAACGUCUGUCGGGCGUGCCGGCUGCGCCGCUGCUUCCAGGUGGGCAUGAACCCGGAGGCCGUCCAAAUGGAGCGUGACGCCGAGAACGGGGUGGUCGACCCCCAGUGCACCGAGUGGAUCGCCAAGAUGCGAGCCACCUACACGAACCUGGACGUGAGCACACGACAGCAUCGCGAGCGGGAGAAGAAAAGGGCCGUGGAUGCGGAUACACAGGUAAAUCUUUUUGUGGAGGUAAUAUUGAAGGGGUGGGUAGGCUAAGAAGUAUUUUAGCUAUUUGUCGGGAAAAUAUUGCAUAUUUUUUGCCCAUAAUUUUAAUAAUCAUAACUUUUCUCAAAAUAAUAAUCAUAGCUUUUCUCUUAAUAAAUUUCCAGUGGUUUUAUUUCACAUAUAGAAACUGGAGUUCUUAAAUUUUGUACACACGUCGGUCAUGAACUAAAUACCAAUUCCUGAAAGUUUUAGCUCUCGCUUUGCAAGCGCCGCCAAGAUAUUGAAAGAUCGAGAGUACGCUAAAAGCGAAGUGCGAGAAAAACACUUUUUGAUCAUAACUUUUCUUGUUUCGUGCGGAAAAAUUUUAUUUUUUGUGGAACAUUACCCUCUAUGGUAGAAAUAGGCAUCAAAAUUUUUUUCGAAAUUGAGCAAAAAGUGUCAAAUUUUCGCCAACUUUUGAUCAAAAAAUAUCGGCUGUUUCUGCAAAGCCCGAGCUAGGAUUCUCGCAUAUUUUUUAGAAAAAAAUAUUCUAAAUUUGUGCCAAGUUUCAUCAAAAUCUGAGCGUUGCACUUGGGGUGUACCUCCCUUGUUAGUAUGCAUCCCUUUUCUCCCUUGCAUCUGUUCUAAAGUCUGAAUGGAAGCGAUCGUAUUUUAAACCCGCCUUUUUAGACCUCCCUCACCAACGAUCAUUUCAACCAAAGCGCGAGUCGUGGAGGCUUUGAUCCACGAAAAAUCUUGGACACCCCCAGAGCUCAGCGGAUGAGAGAGGACCUGAAACAGCUGAUAAUUCGAGCCGUCUUGCUGGAACAGGAGACUUGGCAACAAACAGAGAGUGGGACUAGAGCCAGAGCGAACGGAGCGAUGGUGACAACCUUCGAAGAGGCGUUCGCCAAUCCCGAGCUGGUCUGCAAUCGAUAUCCGGUAGGGUUCAGGGGCAAUACUGUAGUAAAUUUGAGGGGAAAAAAUUAGAUUUCCAGAUGGAAAUCAACUGAUUUUAGAGUCCAUCUCAAACUCUAGAGUACCCAAUAAAAGAUUUGCUUUUGACGAUGAUAUCUUCCAUUUAAUUUUGAAUAAUUUUUUAGCUAAACUUCAAUGGCGAUACGGUGAUGAAUGUGGCCGACUUGCUGGACGGCUGGCGUCGACACUUCACCUUCUACAUUGACUUCUGCAAAGCCAUGCCGGAGUUCAAACGCCUCCCCGUCAAAGACCAAGUGGCUUUGGCGAAACGCCGCGUUGUAAAUAUGAUCUGGCUGAUGCACGCCUAUUAUACCUCACUCACCGACAAAAUCGGGUUUUGCUCGCCGAAUGGAGUGUAUCAUCCGGCCGAACAGGAUCAACGGGCCGACGAGGCCGACGAAACGUAGGUUGGGGGGGAAAGUUGGAGACUGGAAUAGUUACUAAUUUGGAUUAGGCGUGUUUAUCAGUCUGUCGGGAAAAUAAUGAGCACUCUGUCGCAUCGAAAAUCGCUGCCGAGAAAAUGGAUUGUGUUGCGGGAAAAUCAAAUUGCAUUUACUUUAGCGGUGCGAUUGUCGCAGCGACAUUGUGCUCAUUAUUUUUCCGACAGAUUGAUACAAGUUAGGUGAGAAUUUUAGCCAGUGCUUUGCAAAAAAAAUGACCGAGAUGCGGAUACCGAAAAUCAAGAAGAAUUUUUUUUUCAACAAAGAAAAAUAAUAGCUUAUCAGCGAUUCUUUUGCUAUUUUCUGCGCUGAAAUGGACAAAUUAUUCGAAGUAAUGGAUGCUAUCUCUCUCUGUCGGGAAAAUAACAUGGAUUUGUCGCAGAGAAACCGCCUUACCUCACCGCAGUCGCGCGCCAAAUCUGCAGCCGUAGAGCCGUCGCGCAGCGAUGAUAUGAGAUUCCAAGCGUGACAAAUCCACAUUAUUUUCCCGACAGAUUGAUAUUUAAAAUGAAAAUUUUUCUUUACAGAAUCAAAACCUUCUACGCAAACCUCCUUCCCUUCUUCGUCAACGACAUGAUCCUCCCGAUGCGACAGCUCAAAAUGGACCUGGUCGAAUACGUCCUCAUAAAAAUGAUCACAUUUUUCCGCGAUGGUAGGUCGAUCAUCGCUUUGCGGGAACCAAAAAAAUUCUCUUUCAGAGUUCUUCGUCUCGGACAAAACGCGAGAAGAAUUGGAGGACCACAAACAACGAUAUACUUUGGCGCUGGAUGCCUAUAUCAAGUCCAAGGUGGAGGAUCAUUUUGAGGCUUUGGAGAGGUUCGCCAACCUGCUGAAUGUCAUCCAUUCGAUUCUGGUGAGGAUUUGGAUUCUGCAGAGGGUUUUGUAAAACCAAUUUCACUUGUUGGCGCAAUUAUUGGUUGGAGUUUUUUGCACCGUGCAAGCGGAUUCAUUGCACUGUGCAUUUUUGUCUUUUCGCACGGUGCAGAACACGCUCGCUUGUUUGCCGUGCCGUGCGCUUUCCACAGCGCAAUUUACUGUGAGCACUACAGUAGAGAACUCAGGGGGAUGUUUCACGUACAAAAGGGCACUAACUUGAGUUAGCGGCAUCACGCAAAAAGAGGAGAGAGCAGAGAAAAAGAGGAGUGGUAACUUGAGUGAUCCCUCUUCUUUUUGAUUGGCGAAUCGGGCGACUUUUUAUGGACUUGGCCGGACAUUUUAGGCCAUAACUUUUGAUACAGUGGAUCAAUUUACGCCCUUCCAAAAAAAUAUUAAUGCUGGCGGUACACAGAAUAUACACAUAUAAAUUUGUAAAUUUUCCUUUAAAAUUAUGCAAAUCAUAUGCAAAUUUUUCUCUUGGUAUUUAAGAUGCAAGAUACGGAAAAAAAUUUUGAUACCAUCAUAUGCAGCGUGGUUCCAGCUUUAAAACUUUCUUAAAAAUUUGCAAAUUGGUUUACUGUGACAAAAGUUAUGACCAAAAGAUUCUCGCCCACUGUUGCGCGGGCUAUUACUCCUGAUACAGUAUACCAAUUUACACCCUUCAAAAAACCCUUCGAUGCUGAGAGCGUAACAAACAUGUCCAUGUAAAGAUUUUAAAAAAAGACGAGCUUUAAGAUACCAAGAAAAAAAAAUUGCAUAUAAUUUGCAUAAUUUAGAAGAAAAAUUUACAAAUUUAUAUCCAUCUAUUCUGUGUACCACCAGCAUUAAUAUUUUUUUGGAAGGGCGCAAAUUGGCCCACUGUAUCAAAAGUUAUGGCCCAAAAUGUGCGGCCAAAGUCGGUAAAAAGUCAGGUCACUCGAGUUACCACUCCUCUUUUUCUCUGCUUUCUCCGCUUUUUCUGUGAUGCCGCUAACUCGAGUUAGUGCCCUUUUUGAACGUGAAACAUCCCCCAGUAGCAAAAAUAGUAUCAUUUCGUACCCGGGAAGUAUCGAAAAAUGCAGCAAAAUACUACCUUCUCCAAGUGAAAAAACUCCGAUUUCAAAAGCGCGCCUAAAAGUUUCUAGCCUAUUCCUACCGUAAAGAGUCAUGUUUUCAUAAAAAACAAUUUUUUCCGCUUGAAACUGGCAAAGACACUUUCCGUCUUUUGCACACACUCUCCGCCUCAAAGAUCAUUCAAAAAUUUGGCUGUUGUUGCAAAGCGCCAGCUAAAACUUUCAGGCAUGUAAAUGUGACUCAUGGUGUGUCCGCAAAAUUAAAAAAAAACGUGCAAGAUACCACAGUAAACCGGAUAUUUUUGAGGAAGAAAAUAAAUCGUACAUAAAUUGGUUAUACUUUGAAUUUUCUUCAAGCUUUCACGACACUUUCACUCACUUAUUCUCCUUUCAGUACCUGACGAGUAAAAUGAACGAGCGUGUGGAGCUCAGCGCCUUCUUCAACAUCAUCGACUUCGACAAACUCACCAAGGAGAUCCACGCCACCGAGUUGUUCUACAACCUGGACGAUCCGAAUGCCCUUCCGGACGUGCCGAACACCCCGAUUCUGCCGCGGAACAUUGAUCCGGCCGUGUUGCAAAGCGCCGACUUCAUUGCGACGACCGGCUUGUCGCGGACGCUUUAA